ACGCCCGAGUCAAUACCCCCGCCCGGCCUCCCCACCCAUCUUCCUACCCCUUUCGUCUGUAUAGUUUCUGUCUGCAUUUAUAUUCCAUCCUCCAUUUCAUUUCCCUUUGCAACUCACUUUUCUUCAGUUUCUCUAAUACACGCUAGAAAUGGACGUGGAGGUGGCGAUUCCGUUGGGGACAACGGACUUCAACUUCGAUAGUGCAUGUACAUCACCAUACAUAAGUGUCCCGUCGAGCCCUCAACGUUUUGGCACCUUCUUCUACAGUGUCCCCACCAGCCCUGACCGUGCGGCUGCUUUCUACAAUGAGUUCAACCGUUCCUCUCCGUCGGCAGUUCCGUUUAACAGGGAAGAAAAGCCCGGAAUUCCGAAAACACAAGAAACCUACAGUAGUUAUUGUACUAGAGAAAUUUAUGAUGAUCAGAGGGAUACAGACUUCUCUUUUGAUUUUAGUGGACAACUAGAGAGAGUUUCUUUAUCUGCUGAUGAACUUUUCGAUGGAGGUAAGAUCAAGCCGUUAAAGCCGCCCCCGUGCCUAGAAUCUAAGCCCCUCGACUUUCCAAAAUCGCCUCGAUCUCCCAAGAAGAUGAUCAAAGAAGCAUUCUCCCCGCGCCACAGGAAGAAAGAUUUCGAUCCAUUUGCAGCAGCAAUUGAACAAAAUCGUAAAGAAAACAUUCAAGAAAUCUCACGAGGAAGAGAAAGAAGUACUUCAAGUUCUAGGCACAAACAAACAAGGUCUUUAUCCCCUUCCCGGGUUUCAGAUUUGUUAUUCGAUCCUGACACCAAUCAAGAAAAAACUAAGAAUUCUUCUAAAGCGUCACUGUUUUCAUCUCUCUCUUCAUUAUGUUACAAAAAAUGGAAGAUUAAGGACUUAUUACUGUUCAGAAGUGCAUCAGAAAGUCGAGCAACAGAUAAAAACCAGUUCAACAAAUACGCAUUGCUGAAGAAGAACAAUCUGGACGACAUAAAGAAUUCGAGCUUCAGGUCUACAGACAGUGUAGGAUCAUUGUCAAGUAGAAGACGAGGUCCACCAAUUUCAGCUCAUGAAUUGUAUUACACGGUGAGAAGGGCAGUUUCAGAGGAGAUGAAGAAGAGGACCUUCUUGCCAUACAGGCAAGGAUUAUUAGGCUGCUGCUUAGGCUUCAAUCCUAAUACUAUUCAAGGUAUGAAUCUCUCUAAAGGGCUUGGUCCUACUGGUUCAUUGUCCCGUGGGUGAAAUCAGAUUUUCUCAAUCUGUAUUUUUUUAACUGUUCAUCAAUGUGUAGGGUUUUCUUUAAAUUCAUUUUGUUCCAAAGAACAAUUUUCACUUCUUCAUUUCUUAUAUAAUUCGAUAUUUGCAUUCCGAACUCACAUGUAUGUAUCAAAUACGUGUUAUACAAUCGUCUGGUAAUUUCACAGGAUUUGUAAUAGUAAAAUUACCAAGCAUAAGAUGAACAUUAUGUAGGGUCA